UGAAACUGGGCCGCGGUGCGCUGAAACCAUAGGAAUGCGACACACUUUGUAUUUACCAGACCAAAGCCACAACGCUUUGACUUUUCUGGACGACUCUUUUAAAUAACUUUACCGGCUGCUUCUCGGGUAACGUGUCCGGUUCUUUUUUUUUUUCACGAGGAUGUGACGACGCUUCCGACGGCUUAACUUUGUUGAUUGUGUUCGCGGAAACAACUUUGAGGCUGCAGGGAGUCUGUGUUCUCUCUCCCGUCGUCCUCAGCUGCGUUUCCGACAUGAGAUCAGGUGGAUAAUGCUGCUGCUGCUGCUGCUGGCUAAACGAGUAGUCUGCCUGUGACUGAAAGUCUGAUGCUCGGCUGCAGCUGCCUCAGCCGCCAUCAUGUUCACCAAAAAGAAAACCAAGUCUCGCAUCCAGAUCUCUGCUCCGUCGAACUUCGAGCAUCGCGUGCACACAGACUUUGACGAGCAGGAGCAAAAGUUUGUGGGGUUGCCACGGCAAUGGCAGUCUCUCAUAGAAGACACGGCCAAAAGGCCCAAACCGUUCAUCGACGUGACGGUCAUCACUACUGUGGAGCCUCGAAAGACAAUUGUUCGUGGCAACAAGCUCGGAGUAGACGGCUCCCUGACCUGGCUGUUGGAUGAGUUUGACACCAUGUCUGUUACUCGCUCCAACUCCCUGCGACGGGGCAGCCCUCCCAUCCAGCCACGCAAAGACUCUUCAGGAGGAGGAGGGCAGGAGAACGGAGACCCUCACCACAGACACUACUCAAACCCAGACAGACAAGACAGGGACCGACCCAGACCGGACCACCAGAGUGGAGGUGAUCCCCGUCAGAGUCAGCGUGCGAUCCGCCCUCCUCAUGAUGGAGUCCAGGGUCGGCCGCAGCAGCAGCCCCGUGGACAAGAGCCCAGCAGGGUGCACAGACCAGGCUCAGGCCCCCCUCCGCCCCCUCACAGAGACAGAGCACCACGGGACCGGGACCAGGAGCAGCAGGUGUCCCACAGGGAUCAACCCGGGGAACACAGGCCAAAGUCCAGCUACAUGGUGCGGGACGGCAGCCCUCAGUCUCCCAGGGACAAGAGGCCUCUCUCUGGACCCAACAUUCGUACCCCAAACCUGCCGGUAACGGAGGGGGUGAUAAAGAAUGCUCAGCCGAACACACGGCCGUUUAACACGUAUCCGAGGGCGGACAGCGAGGGUGGACGCAGCCCCACAGGGCAGCCGGUCCGACAUCAUGAAUCCUCCCCUCAGAACGGCCCCUCUGGCGGCUCCACUCGAAGUUCCUCCGGCUCAAAACCCCCCGUAAGCCACCCGCACCCACAUCACACUUCUCACCCAAGCCUGACCCCUGAAGCCACCCAGCACCCUCACACCCCUCACCCCAGCGUCCCAGCCCCGCGGCCCCCUGCGCCCGCCGGGCCCCCUGCGUCAGGUGCUCCCCCUCAGGGCCGCUCGCCACAGAGGGAGCCCCAGAGGGUUUCUCACGAGCAGUUCAGAGCGGCGCUACAGAUGGUGGUGGAUCCGGGCGAUCCGCGGACCUACCUGGACCACUACAUUAAGAUAGGGGAGGGAUCCACCGGGAUUGUGUGUAUCGCCACUGUGAAGACCACCGGGAAACUGGUGGCUGUGAAGAAGAUGGACCUGAGGAAACAGCAGCGCAGAGAACUCCUCUUCAACGAGGUGGUGAUCAUGCGGGACUAUCACCAUGAAAACGUGGUGGAGAUGUACAACAGCUACCUGGUUGGAGACGAGCUCUGGGUCGUCAUGGAGUUCCUGGAGGGAGGAGCUCUCACUGAUAUCGUGACACACACCAGGAUGAACGAGGAGCAGAUCGCCACAGUUUGCCUGUCUGUGCUGAAGGCGCUGUCCGUCCUGCACACACAGGGUGUGAUCCACAGAGACAUCAAGAGCGACUCCAUCCUCCUCACGCAUGACGGCAGAGUGAAGCUUUCAGACUUCGGGUUCUGCGCUCAGGUGUCUAAAGAAGUGCAAAGAAGGAAGUCUCUGGUUGGGACGCCGUACUGGAUGGCACCAGAGCUCAUAUCCAGACUGCCUUAUGGGCCGGAGGUGGAUAUCUGGUCUCUUGGGAUCAUGGUCAUAGAGAUGGUCGAUGGAGAGCCGCCGUACUUCAACGAGCCGCCGCUCAAAGCCAUGAAAAUGAUCCGAGACAACCUGCCCCCCAAACUGAAGAACCUGCACAAGGUCUCUCCUCUCCUCAAGGGCUUCCUGGACCGGAUGUUGGUGCGUGAUCCGGCUCAGAGGGCCUCGGCCAGCGAGCUCCUCAAGCAUCCGUUCCUGACGAAGGCGGGCCCGCCGUCCUGCAUUGUCCCUCUGAUGAGGCAGAACAGGAUGAGAUGAGACAUGUGACACUUAAGACCUCCGGACUGUGGAGGGCAGCGUGUGCAGGUUCAGGUGGAUCCGGAUCCUCCUGCACACAGACGAGAGGUCAAAACUGUGCUCAGAGCUUCAGAGCAGGAGUGCAGGAGUAUUCUCUUUUUCCUCUGUGAAUCACUGAACCGAGGGGAGUGUGCUCCCUUUACAAGAGGCAAUAAGGCUGUGUGUGUGUGUGUGUGUGUGUGUGUGUGUGUGUGUGUGUGUGUGUGUGUGUGUGUGUGUGUGUGUGUGUGUGUGUGUGUGUGUGUGUGUGUGUGUGUGUGUGUGUGUGUGUGUGUGUGUGUGUGUGUGUGUGUGUGUGUGUGUGUGUGUGUGUGUGUGUGUGUGUGUGUGUGUGUGUGUGUGUGUGUGUGUGUGUGUGUGUGUGUGUGUGUGUGUGUGUGUGUGUGUAAACCUGUUGGAAACACUGUUAAUGACGGUGUUUCAUGGCUCAUACAUGUGAGAAGAAGAGCAGAGAAGCCACAACCCGCCUGUCGAGUGAUUUUACUUCUUUUAAACAUUUUGUUCCAAUCGAAGGGCCUGACCUGGAAAGAGUUCUGCUUUUAAUAUUUCCAUUUGGACCUGAGCUGGAUUUGAAGUGUGAAGGUGGUUUUGCACACCGAGCUGAUGUUUGGAAGGCGACGUGGGUUCGCUGUCCGGCUUCAGAAACAAUUGGAGACACUUUUUUUUUUCUCACUAUUUGAGGAUCUGGGAGCCGAAUGUUCUCACUACAAAGACUUCUGACGCAGACGGAUCCCAGACUCAGACUCGAUCCUCAUCACACCCAGAACCUACUACUGAGGGAGGAAAACUUUACACUCAGAAAUGAGUCAGACUUUUAUUGUAGCCGGAUAAACACUAGCUUCCUGUUGUAAACAAACACACACACACUACGUCAGGAGAUCAACACUGGAGUUGUGUUUUUUUUAACAGAUGAAUUUUACUCUUUUUUUUCCCCCCUCUUUAUUUCCCUGUGUAAGUACAAUGAACAUAGAGAGAUAUAUCAGUUUUGAUGUUUUAAUAUCUCUAUUUUGUGAUUGUUUUUAUUAUGAUGAUGAUUUGUUUCACGGUUUAUUUUAGAGAAAGAUGUGAUCGAUGUUUUGAAGCACUGUUGAUAAGAGAUAGAAGCUGCACUCCCGGUUAAUUUCACAUGAUAGACACUAGACUUUUUAUUUUGUGUAUUUUAUUACUCUAGACUACGACAUGUGAGCAGGACGGUUUUUACAGAAACAUGAGGGAGAAUAACAGACUACAUCUGAACAGAUAAGACAUCCUGACAUAACAGCUAAAAAAAAAAUAGUCCCAAUUUAACUUCAGUCUAUUUGGGUGUCUGGUUUCAUCAGCGUCACCUUUUUAGAUGAGUGAUUUCCACAGACGAUGACUCAAACUGAAAUAACGUCUACUUGAGGUAGAAAACGAGCACAAGCUGCUUUUUAGGCAAUCAAUGACUGAGUUGUUUUUAUUCUGCGGUGUCAGUCUGUUGACAUCAUCGCUGUUGUUAGUUUUUCUGAUUUUCUGCUGACGCUGAGGAGAGCUCGUCGUGUUCCUUUACGCCUCUUUAUCCGAUUGAAUCGAUUAUUCUUUAAUUGCAGCUCCUGAUGUGAGAGUGCUUUAUUUUAAAAAAAAAGCCCAAAGGAGUAUAACUGCUGAGGAAGAAAAGCAGCUUUGUUUAGAUUUUUUUGUAAUUACCAACAUUUUGCUCUGCUAGCAAGGCAGGAAAUAUGUUUAUUAAAACUCCCUGCGACCACAGAAACAGCCUCUACAGAUGUUCUCGUAACAGGCUGAAGUCGGGGUCCAUGGUGGAGUUAAUAACGCUGCUUAGAACACUACAUUAACUUUCAUAUCCCCUGCACCAAACGUCCCCUACAGACCGCCUCAGCAGCCGCCCAGAAACCGAGUUCCGCUCAACUCGUCUCCGCUCUUGUUACUGUUGUUCCUCUUCUCCUUUUGUGUUGGGUCAGGCUUCAUCAGAAGACUUCUGUAGUUUCACACUGUAUCUCUCUGGUAGCAAUGAAAAUAGUAACAAAGACGGGGGCCAUGGUUACGUCUUCCCUCUCUCUCACAGAUGCACAUAAACACAGGAUGUAGACACCUUCCACUCUCUGUGCUAAGACUGCUGUUUCCAAUCGUUCUGUCUUCCAGAUCAGCUGCUGCAGAGAGCGUCCUCCAGUCAGAUCAGACACAGAUUACUAAAAACCCACUGGUUAGCUUCUCCCUUCAAGAAAUACAAAGAAACACUUUCUGGUGUUAAGAUGCGGCCUCCUGUCAGGGAUACUUACUUUAUGUGUCCACGACUUUACAAAGACAGGGUUGCAGGUUUUCUCUGCGUUGUAGCACACAUUUAUUACACACAUAAACAGAUUUGAUACUCACUGCUAUAUCAGUGACUGUGAGGCCUUGUGAAGAAUAGCAGCACAGAGUAGGAGGAAGACUUUUUUUUUUUAAACCGGGAAGUUGGUUUUAUUCCAAGCUCCCAGUUUUGUUUUCUAAAAUUGUCGAAUAUACUGAACCUGCAGAGAGCAGUAGCUUUGGUGUGAAGAGAAAUGUAAAGUGGCCGUCAUCGUGUUUGUUGAUAUGUAGCUGUGCAUGUUGGUGGAUGUGAGACUCGAUAACUUCUGCAGAAAAGCAGCAGUAGCCUUCAGGGUUUGUUUUCACUGUGGUUACUGAUGCUCAGUCCAUUAGGCUGCACCUCAAAACCACAGAGAUCGUGCUCCCUCCUCAGCAUCGUUUGUCUGCAGCUACAGGCUAACAGUGCAAGCAGAGAAACGUAGCUUCAAUUAACAACACGUAUCAUCAUGUGAUCGUGCCUCAGAGCAUGUUCAGUCUGCGGGCUGCACGUUGAUUAAUCUUCAACUUUGUUCCCACCGCUUCAAUUCUUUCCUCAGAAACGUUCACUGAGAAGAAGAAUCUUUGCGGUGGGCGUUUUUGUACUUUGUCUCCUCUUCAGCUCGGCAGGCAGAAACAUUUUUUUUUUUAGCUGUGUCAGUUUCUGGAUCUUUUUUUGGUCUGAAGUGGGUCAAUCAUGACUCACACAUUACGAAACACGUAGAGAGUUCUAAUGUUUAUAAUCAAGAGACAGGAAGGCCGAGCUGAAUGAAGCGAUGGGCUGACAGACAAUCAGCUGGAGAGGAGGAAUUAAAUCAGUUAGUGUGAGAGAGUCAGAAUCUCAUAUUUGAAUAUGGAUGCCACUUUUAAAUCCAGUGACAGACUGCACAUGUUGAUUCAUCACUUAACUCUAAAGACAGGUGAAUGGGUUAACAACAAACACACCUCAUACUGAAGGUGAGACCCCUCCUCCUGAUCAGUCCUGGUAAAUGUAUCUGUCGUGUUUCCUGCUUUUCUGUUUGAGAGACCAACGACAUGAUCGGCUGUAAUCUGGAUUCUGACGGAGUAUUAGAGCCGCUGAGAGGAACAAAUGAUCAUCUGAGUUAUUAUAGCAGCAAGAAAAGGUGAUAGUUUGAUAAGAAGGACACGAUCUUUGGAGGUAGAAACACUAAGGCUGGUUGCUUUAAGGGUAAGAGCUCCUCGUGUUGUGAUGAGGUUCGCACACUGCAGCCCACAGAGAGAAAACACUCUGAGUUUGGACCCUGCUGUGCUCUGCACAAAGUUACAAUUCAUCAUUUAAUCAGCCUCAUACUUUGAGCUCUCUUUGUGAACUUUUAGAAAUAUUCUUCUAACUUUAUUCAUUCUCAUAUCAGCGUCUCUAAUACUCGUUUGUUGUGUUGGCGUUCCUUCAGUUCAGCUGUACACAAACAAACUGACAUGAAACACUUUGAGGAUGUUCCUGUUACACUUCAUCACACAUUACAUCUGUUUUUUUCUUUUCUUUUAUCGUCAAUGUGAAAAUCACUUAUCGGUUUCUUCUACUGUUGGACUGAUGUUGCUGAUUCAGUAGACUGUAAACACACUUAGUGAACCAGAUUCUACUGCUGUGUGUGUGUGAGUGUAAAUGUGUGUGAGUGUGAGAGCAUGUGUGUGUGAGCUCUGUGAAGCUACGUCUGUGUGCAUAUUCAGUUCAUGCCUUAACAUUAUCGAUCACUACUUGACAGAUUGUGACUCUGAAUUGAAACUACGACUGUUGGAGAUGUUGAAAGGAGAAUCCAGGACGCUUCCUCUCCUCAUCGCUCGUAUCUGAAAAGUCUUGACAUCAUUUUUUGUGGCCCGGUGGUGUUUGCUCCUUCAGGCUGAAGUGCUCAUUAACAUUCCUGACAAUUUUCAAAAACAGUGGCGGGCACUUCUUCAGAUUGAGGAUUUUCAAUAAGACAUGUGGUUACUGAGUGCAUGAGUCAAAAAGGGGAUUUUUUCAAGAAGCAGGACUGCUGCGACUCGUUUCUGUUGGCGCCUUUUUCUGCUUCACAAAGAAGAGCGCCCCAAAGCUCUUCUGUUCAUUCUUGAUUAUUAGCAGGCGAUUAGCAGCUGUACUCCUCCCGUUCAGGGUUUAGUGCCUUGCUCUGCAGCAUCUUGACGACUGUCCAGGUAAAGUCUUGCUUCUUGGAAAACCCCUACCUGGUUUCCUCUGCCAAUCAGCAGCCUGCUCUAUCAAAUAUGUGACAACAUAAACUCUCUUAUGGACUCAUCUGGUUCUCAUUGACUCUCUUCUGGUGUGAAAAGCUGGUUUUGAUGACAUGUUCUGUCAAACAUCAGGUUCCGACAGUCGUUCCUGCACCAUCCUGUUUUUUGUAAAUCUCACUGGUAUUGUAAAAAAAACCCUAGAUUUCACUUUGCAAAUACAGAUUUUUUAAAAGUCA